UGUUUUUAAAUCUGGUUUGGCGCAAAUUAAAUUGCAUGGGGAAAAACUUGCUAAUCUCAUCAAUGAUUUUUGACUGCUCAGAUUUGCUAAUCUUCUAGACAAGCUCACCUCCGGGAUCCGGCUAUUAUGCCGGGUUUCAGGAGAUUAAGCGAUUGGCUAGGCGUAGAUCACUUUUCUUCCUUUACGACUUUAAGCACUCCCUCUUCUAUAGAUACAUGUAACAUCGAUCUCAUUAAUUCACCCACUCUAAUUUCUUAUAAUAUUUUAAUAGACAUGCGACCAGAUCUGUCAGAAUUUUUUUUUCUGGUAACCCUCCCUUGAAGCCUUUGCAUACCUCCAUACUGCUCAUAAUAACAUGUUACAAUACCCUGCAUCAGCAUCAGAAAUUCAGAAUCAAGCAUUCGAGCAAACAGUCCAAAGUAAAGAGAAGGGAAUAACAAUAUAAAUAUAUAAAUAUAAUAGAGUAGCCUUUGCUUAUAUCUCACUCCCUCUUGAUCCAACCAACUAUAGGAUAUGAGAUUUGCUCCGAUCCAACAAAAAGUACUUUGAGUUACCAGUACCUCACGGUACCAAAUCAUUUUCGAUCAUUGGAUCUAACAGUACCCAUUCUGUCCAGUUAGAUUCAACGGUCGAAAAUGAUUUGAUACCGUAAAGCACCGGUACCUUGAGAUACUUGUUGUUGGACCAGAGCAAAUCUCAGAACCUACAGCAACACAUUUUGCCAGGCAUGAACAUGCAUAUAUUAUUCCAUUUCACACCUCUAUAAAUAGAGAUGCAAAACUCGAGCUCCAUCACAGCUGCAGCAAAUUAAGCCAGCAACACUUGCUAAGUGGAGUGGAGUAGCUAGCUUCUCCAGCUAGUUAGUGAAUUAAGCUCAUUAAGCUGAGUUAAUUGCACUAACUUACUACUCCAAGAUAGCAAUGGCGACUUGGUCCAAUCCCUCCCUGAUCGUCGCCGCCAUCUUCCUCGUCAUCAGCCUCACCUCGGCGACCGUCGCCAAUGGCGGCCGUAGCGGCGGCGGCAGGAGGCUCGUCAGGAGCUACGACGAGCCGUGCAAGAAGAUGACGCUCUACUUCCACGACAUCCUCUACGACUACAGCAACAGCACCGCCAACUCCACGUCGGCGGCGGCCGCCAAGCCGACGGCGCUGGCCACCGCCGUGUCGCCGAACGGCACCUUCUUCGGCGAGGUGGUGGUGUUCGACGACCCGAUGACGGAGGGGACGAGGGCGCUGCCGCCGCCGUCGUCGCUGAGGGAGACGGCGGCGGCGCGCGCGCAGGGGGUCUACCUCUACGACAGCAAGGAGGUGUACGACGCGUGGUUCGCCUUCUCCGUCGUGUUCAACUCCACGGGGCGCCGCGGCACGCUCAACCUGAUGGGCGCCGACCUCAUGUCGGAGAAGACGAGGGACAUCUCCGUCGUCGGCGGCACCGGCGACUUCUUCAUGUCCCGCGGCGUCGCCACGCUCCGCACCGACGCCGUCGAGGGAUUGGUGUACUUCAGGCUGCAGAUGGACAUCAAGCUCUAUGAAUGCUACAUCUGAUCAUUACAUGCAUGUUUUUUUUAAAAAAACAAAUUGAAUUUCCAUUUUUUUUUAAAAAAAGGUGAAUUUCCAUCUCGAUAUAUAGUUGCUUGAUUUGCGUGACGAGUUAUAUGCACCGACGAGUGUGCAAAAUGUAUCCCAAACACAGUUUUAUUUUCCCCCUAAUUUGUGUGUGUAGAAUGUAUCAAACUAUUAUCGCACUUUUAUUUCAUUCAAUAAAGACUAACCACAUAAUCGUGUUUUGCGCGACUUUUUAUCCUGUUUAAGAACUUUUGUAUGUGGUCUAUUAGUUUACCUUAGCUCUUAAUAAGGUUUUGAUAUAAGUUAAUUUAUUUAUAAAGUAUCUAUUAUCCUA